UUGAGACCCAGCCCCAAACUCUCCCCCAUACCUCUCCCUCACCAUAUAUCCAUUCCUCUGCUCAGCCUGGGCCCAGGUCCUGUGCCCCUGAAGACAUGGAGUUUGUGUCUGGAUACCGUGAUGAGUUCCUUGAUUUCGCUGCCCUUCUCUUUGGCUGGUUCCACAAGUUCGUGGCGGAGCGUGGGGCUGUGGGGACCAGCCCCGAGGGCCGCUGGCAGCAGCUGGAGGCUCAGAUCAGAAGGCUGCCCCAGGACCCUGCCCUUUGGGUGCUCCACGUCUUACCCAACCGCAGUGUGGGCAUCAGCCUGGGGCAAGGGGCAGAGCCGGGCCCAGGAUCAGGCUUGGGGGCUGCCCGGCUCCUGGGAGAUGAGCCCCCACUCCACCUGCGAGACCUAAGCCCCUAUGUCAGUUUUGUCAGCCUGGAGGAAGGGGAGGAAGGGGAGGAGGAGGAGGAGGAGGAAGAGAAUGGAGAGGAGGAGGGUGCAGGUACCAAGAAGGUAGAAACAGAGGAGGCUGGGGAGGCAGCCCCUCCCAGCAGGCAGUCCCCGCAGGAAGCACACCCUCCAGGGGAGCCGGAGGCCAAGCAGGAGGCAGGCGGUGGCGAGGACGGCUGCCAAGAGGACAGGGCAAAGGACGAACCUGAGAGGAGGAAGGGACGGAGAAGUGAGGCUGCCCCCCUGCACCUUUCCUGCCUUCUACUGGUGACAGAUGAACACGGCACCAUCUUAGGCAUUGACCUGCUAAUGGAUGGAGCCCAGGGGACUGCAGGCAGGGGCUCAGGGACUGAGAACCUGGCUCCUCGGGCCUAUGCUCUCCUCUGCCACAGCAUGGCCUGUCCCAUGGGCUCUGGAGACCCCCGAAGGCCCCGACAGCUUACCGUGGGAGAUGCCCGGCUGCAUCGAGAGCUGGAGAAUCUGGUCCCCAGACUGGGAGUGAAGUUAGCCAAGACCCCAAUGAGGACAUGGGGUCCCCGGCCAGGCUUCACCUUUGCCUCCCUUCGGGCUCGGACCUGCCACGUUUGUCACAGGCACAGCUUUGAAGUGAAGCUGACACCCUGCCCCCAGUGUGGUGCUGUCUUAUACUGUGGAGAGGCUUGUCUCCGGGCGGAUUGGAAGCGAUGCCCAGAUGAUGUGAGCCAUCAAUUUUGGUGCCCAAGGCUUGCAGCCUUCAUGGAGCGGGCUGGAGAACUGGCAGCUCUACCUUUUACGUACACUGCAGAGGUGACCAGUGAAACCUUUAACAAGGAGGCCUUCCUGGCCUCCCGGGGCCUCACUCGUGGCUACUGGACCCAACUCAGCAUGCUGAUUCUAGGCCCUGGCACCCCCAGGCAGCCCCGUGGCACCACGCCAUCCCUCAGCCUUCUUCUCAGCGGAGAUCCCUACCAGCUUCUGCAGGGGGAUGGGCCUGCCCUGAUGCCUCCUGUGCCCCUAGAUCCACCCAGGAGCCUCUUUGGCUCAUGGCAGGCUUACUACACAUGGCGGGGCCUCGGCUUGGACUCCCCCAUGGCUGUGCUUCUCACCUACCCGCUGACUGUGUACUACGUCAUCACCCACUUGGUGCCCCAGUCCUUCCCUGAGCUCAACAUCCAGAACAAACAGUCACUGAAAAUCCAUGUGGUGGAGGCCGGGAAGGAGUUUGACCUUGUCAUGGUAUUUUGGGAGCUCUUGGUCUUGCUCCCCCACGUGGCCCUGGAGCUUCAGUUUGUGGGUGACGGCCUGCCCCCCGAGAGUGACCAGCAGCAUUUUACCCUGCAGAGGGAUGGCCCCGAAGGAUCUGUCCGUCCCAGUUCCGGGGUAUCAGCACGGCUCAGCUCUGGGAUGAAGGAGAAGGGCGGCCGCAGGGACCUGCAGAUCAAGGUGUCUUCGCGGCCCUACCACCUGCUGCAGGGGCCCAAACCCGACUUGGUUAUCGGAUUUAACUCCGGCUUUGGUCUAAAGGACACUUGGCUGAGCUCGCUGCCCCGGUUGCAGGUGGGGGAUGGGACCAAAGUCUCUUAUGAAAAAGUCUCUUCUUCCCCAUCAUCCGCUCCACAGACCUGGGGCGAGCCCAUGGGUCCUCCUGCCCCUCUCCGUAUCUGCCUCGUGCCUCUCCCAGUCUGUCUGGGUCCGCAGUUGUCAACCCGGGCUGCCGUCCUCGGUGCUUGGGAGAUUUGCGGGGGUGGGGGCCUUUCCGAGAGUCUGAGGCCUCGGGCACCCCCCCCCCCCCAGUCCCUCCGAGUGCCGGCCUUCUUCACCGAGAGCAGCGAGUACGGCUGUGUGAUGGACGACCAGACCAUGGCGGUGGCUACAGGCGGGGGUACCAGCCCUCCGCAGCCCAACCCUUUCCGCUCUCCCUUUCGCCUCAGAGCAGCCGACAACUGCAUGCCCUGGUACUGCAACGCCUUCAUCUUCCACCUGGUCUACAAGCCUCCGCAGGGCGGCGGCACCCGCUCGGCGCCGGUACCGGCGCCCCCCGCCCCGGCUCCGGCUGCUCCUCCCGCCCCCGCCCGAAGGCGCCGGGGAGAAAAGAAACCUGGGCGGGGGUCCCGCCGGCGGCGGUGAGGGCUGAGAGGUAGCAGUGCACCGCCUCCCCCUACACGCCUCAGAGAGGAACACGAAACAUGCGAGACCGAGGGGGGAGGCCGGUUGGCGGAACACGAAAAGGUGAAUAAAAUUACCUGUUUGAAA